AUGGUCUUCAAAGGGAGAUUCUUCUCUUCCAAAAAAUCUGAUACUUCUAGUCCAGAUGCUUCUUCCAAUAGUCCUCGAUCAAUCUCUUCAAACUCUCCUAGAUCCGAUAAGAAAAAACCUAAAUCAACCGUUGCUCAAACCCUAACUUCCACCUUCAGUUCCACCUCUACCGCCGGAACCAGCGGCGGCGGCGGCGGAAGUGGACUUGGUGGCGGACUUAUCGGAGGCGCGGCUAGUCGGAAGACGCCAGUUAAGGAAGGAGCUAAGAAGAAAGAUGCUGUAAAGGGAAAGGAGAGUGAGAUUCUGUCGGAAUCUCGCUCUCGUUCUGGUUUGAAGAAAUUGACUCCGGCAACGGUGGCGGAGGUGAAGGAGUUACCGUCGACUUUGCCUUCACCGUAUUCGUCGACUUCUUCUGCAGCGGCUUCUGUUUCGCCGAUUCUGGCGUCGUCGUUAGGGUUGAACAGGAUAAAGACUAGAUCGGGACCGUUGCCGCAGGAGAGUUUUUUUGGUUUUAGAGGUGAUAAGGGAGGAGCUGCGGCGGCACUUGGUGCUAGUAAUCUUUCGAGGCCUGGUGUUGGGAAGAAGAAGGAGGUUGGGAAUCAGAAUAGAGUAGGGUUUCGGGAUGGUUUGGGAAUUGGUGGUAGUGUUGAUAAUGGAAGCAAUUCAGGUAGUAUGUCGACGGGGAAUGGUGCGCAGACGAUGGAACAGAGUCCGGUAGUGUUGCCGCGGUCGCGGUUGCAAUAUGGUGAAUCGUCUUUGGAAGCAGGAGAGCAGGCAUCGUCACAGACUCAGACUGGAGGCUUAAGAAGUGAAGAUGUUUGCACGCCAGAGGCCACAUAUGAUUUUGAGAAUCCGAAAGAAUCUGAAUCUCCUCGUUUUCAAGCUAUAUUACGUGUCACAAGUGCCCCUGGAAAGAGGUUUCCUGGUGAUAUAAAGAGUUUUUCGCACGAGUUAAAUUCUAAAGGUGUCCGGCCUUUUCCGUUUUGGAAGCCUCGAAGGUUAAAUAAUAACCUUGAGGAGAUCUUGGUUGUUAUUAGGGCUAAAUUUGAUAAAGAAAAGGAAGAGGUGAACUCUGAGCUGGCUAUUUUUGCAGCAGACCUGGUUGGAGUUCUUGAAAAAAAUGCAGAUAAUCAUCCUGAAUGGCAAGAGACAAUUGAGGACUUGCUAAUUUUGGCCAGGCGCUGUGCCAUGACCACAUCUGGGGAGUUUUGGCUUCAGUGUGAAAGCAUAGUUCAGGACUUGGAUGAUAGGCGUCAAGAGCUUCCUCCAGGGACACUAAAGCAGCUUCAUACUCGAAUGCUCUUCAUUCUUACACGGUGUACUAGGUUGUUGCAAUUCCACAAGGAAAGUGCUUUGGCUGAGGAUGAACACUUUGUCAAUCUCCGUCAAUCUAGAGUCUUACAUUCUACUGGAAAAUCUAUUCCUUCUAGUGUGGUAAGGGAUUCUAAAAGUUCUGGUGUUGCAAAGACCUCAAAGGCUUCAACAAAAAAAGCUUAUAGCCAAGAGCAGAGUACCAUGGGUUGGAAAAAAGGUGUCUUGAAACCAGAGAUUCAGUUGCCUCCUGCUGAUGAUGACAUUUUAAAAAAUUUUGAGUCUCCUGGCAGGAAUCGGAUGGCUUCAUGGAAAAAAUUCCCAUCUCCGUCAGGAAAAAGCCCAAAAGAAACUGUUCAAUUGAAGGACCAAAAUUAUGGGACAGUUGAACCUUCAAAGACAUCAGAUAAGAGAUUAAAUUCUGAUAUAGAUCUCUCUGGCGCCAAGACUUCUGAGCUUCUUGCUGUCAAAGAUUCCCAUGACCAUGCUUCCAAGCACCAACAUAAAGUUUCCUGGGGCUAUUGGGGAGACCAGCAGAUUAAUAAUGAAGAUAAUUCAAUAAUUUGUCGAAUAUGUGAAGAGGAUGUACCGACUUUACAUGUUGAAGAUCAUUCAAGGAUUUGUGCAGUUGCUGACAGAUGUGAUCAGAAGGGUCUGAGUGUCAAUGAGCGUCUUGUAAGAAUUUCUGAAACAUUAGAAAAGAUGAUGGAAUCAUCUACUCAGAAGGAUUCACAACAAAUGGUCGGAAGUCCUGAUGUUGCAAAAGUAUCGAAUUCAAGUAUGACUGAAGAAUCUGAAGUUCUUUCCCCUAAACUUAGUGAUUGGUCACGCAGAGGCUCAGAGGAUAUGCUAGACUGUUUCCCUGAACCUGAUAAUUCCGUUUUUAUGGAUGAGCUAAAGGGAUUGCCACUUAUAUCAUGUAGAACUCGUUUUGGUCCAAAGUCUGACCAAGGUAUGACAACAUCAUCUGCAGGGAGCAUGACUCCUAGGUCUCCUUUACUGACACCAAGGACAAGUCAGAUUGACUUGCUCUUGGCAGGGAAGGGUGCUUAUUCAGAACAUGAUGAUCUGCCCCAGAUGAAUGAACUUGCUGAUAUAGCACGAUGUGCAGCCAAUGUUAGUCUGGAUGAUGAUCGUACAGCAUCGUAUUUAUUAUCAUGUCUUGAUGAUUUGAGGGUUGUCGUAGAACGAAGGAAGUUUGAUGCACUUACCGUGGAAACCUUUGGAACACGCAUUGAGAAGCUGAUUCGUGAGAAGUAUUUGCAGCUUACUGAGAUGGUGGAUGUCGAAAAGAUAGAUGUAGAUAGCCCUGUAAUGGAUGAUGAUGUCAUCUUGGAAGAUGACGUGGUUCGCAGCUUGAGAACAAGCCCAAUUCAUUCUUCAAAAGAUCGUACCUCUAUUGAUGACUUUGAGAUUAUAAAACCUAUCAGUCGUGGGGCAUUUGGAAGGGUUUUCUUGGCUAAGAAGAGGACGACUGGUGAUCUUUUUGCAAUAAAGGUUCUUAAGAAAGCUGAUAUGAUCCGUAAGAAUGCUGUAGAAAGUAUAUUAGCAGAACGUGAUAUCUUAAUUACAGUGCGCAAUCCUUUUGUGGUUCGAUUUUUCUAUUCUUUCACAUGUCGUGAGAACUUGUAUCUUGUCAUGGAAUAUCUGAAUGGUGGAGACUUGUAUUCAUUACUAAGGAAUUUAGGAUGUCUAGACGAGGAAGUGGCUCGUGUAUAUAUGGCUGAAGUGGUUCUUGCAUUAGAGUAUUUGCAUUCACUGAGUGUGGUUCAUCGUGACUUGAAGCCGGACAAUUUAUUGAUUGCACAUGACGGUCAUGUCAAGUUGACAGACUUUGGGCUUUCAAAAGUUGGUCUCAUCAACAGCACAGACGACUUGUCUGGUCCGGCAGUGAGUGGGACAUCCCUACUUGAGGAGGAUGAGUCUGAAACAUUUACAUCGGAGGAUCAAAGGGAACGGAGGAAGAAGCGUUCUGCUGUUGGCACACCGGAUUACUUAGCUCCUGAGAUACUUUUAGGAACUGGACAUGGGUAUACUGCGGAUUGGUGGUCUGUUGGUGUCAUUUUAUUUGAGUUGCUUGUUGGUAUUCCACCCUUCAAUGCUGAGCAUCCUCAGACUAUAUUUGAUAAUAUUCUUAAUCGUAAGAUACCUUGGCCUGAAGUUCCUGAAGAAAUGAGUCUUGAAGCACAUGAUCUUAUUGAUCGAUUGUUGACAGAAGAUCCUAAUCAAAGACUAGGAGCUAGAGGGGCAUCAGAGGUGAAGCAGCAUGUUUUCUUCAAGGACAUUAACUGGGACACGCUUGCCAGGCAAAAGGCUGCAUUUGUUCCUGCUUCUGAGAGUGCUCUGGACACCAGUUACUUCACUAGUCGCUACUCAUGGAAUACUUCUGACGGUCUUGUUUACCCACCAAGUGAUUUUGAAGAUUCAAGUGAUGCCGAUAGCUUAAGUGGCAGCAGCAGUUGCCUGAGCAAUCGUCAUGAUGAAGUGCAGGGAGAUGAAUGUGGGGGUCUUGCCGAGUUUGAUUCUAGUUCUUCCGCCAAUUACUCUUUUAGUAAUUUCUCUUUUAAGAAUCUCUCCCAGCUUGCGUCAAUCAAUUAUGAUCUCACCAAGGGAUGGAAAGAUGAUCCCUCAACAAAUUCUAGUGCAUAG